AUGGCCCAAGAACAACUACGCAUUCUUAUUGUCGGCAAUGGUGGCCGUGAGCAUGCCUUCGCCUGGAAGCUAAGCCAAUCGCCCCUCGUCGACAUUGUGUAUGUCGCUCCCGGCAAUGGCGGUACUGGUCUGGGCACCUCAAGCAAGAUCGUCAAUGCCAAUGUCAAGGGCGACAACUACCCUGCUUUGGUUGCAUUUGCUCAGAAGAACGGUGUUAACCUCGUUGUUCCCGGCCCCGAGGCCCCUCUGGUGGAUGGUAUCCAAGGAUACUUCCAAGCUGUUGGUAUCCGAUGCUUUGGUCCUUCCAAAGCUGCUGCCCGCAUGGAAGGCUCCAAGACCUUCUCCAAGGACUUCAUGAAGCGCCACAGCAUUCCCACUGCCGAGUUUGGCAACUUCUCCGACUACGAAGCCGCCAGUCGCUAUCUCGAUUCCGUAUCUCACAACGUUGUUAUCAAGGCUGAUGGCUUGGCUGGUGGUAAGGGUGUUGUUCUUCCCACUACCAAGGAGGAAGCUCACCAGGCUCUGCGGGAAAUGAUGCUGGACCAUCAGUUCGGCAAGGCUGGCGAUGAAGUCGUGAUUGAGGAAUACUUGGAGGGAGAUGAAUUGAGCAUUCUCACUUUCAGUGACGGCUACACUAUUCGCUCUCUCCCCCCUGCGCAGGACCACAAGCGCAUCUUUGAUGGCGACAAGGGCCCCAACACUGGUGGUAUGGGAUGCUAUGCCCCAACACGUAUUGCGCCUAAGGAGGUGCGGGAAGAGGUUGACCGAACCAUCAUUCAGCCCUCCAUCGAUGGCAUGCGUAAAGAUGGAUUCCCAUUUGUUGGUAUCUUGUUUACCGGUCUGAUGAUGACCAAGAACGGUCCCAAGGUUCUCGAGUAUAACGUCCGUGGAGGAGACCCCGAGACUCAGACCUUGUUGCCUCUCUUGAGCGAGGACACCGAUCUUGCAGAAAUCAUGGUCGCCUGUGCCGAUCACUGGCUCGACGGUGUUUCAAUUAAGAUUGAACCCAACUACUCUACCACCGUCAUUGGUGUUGCCGGUGGCUACCCCGGCUCUUACGCGAAGGGUACACCCAUCACAUUGGAUCCUACCCCAGAGGGUACUCUUAUCUUCCAUGCCGGCACCACCCUGUCUGGCAACGAGCUGCAGACUUCUGGGGGCCGUGUAAUUGCUGCUACUGCUACUGCCGCCACUCUUGAGGAGGCUGUAAAGAAGAGCUACGAGGGAAUUUCCACUGUUCACUUCGAUGGUAUGUUCUACCGCAAGGACAUUGCUCACCGCGCAUUCCGUCAGACUGCCGACACCUCGCUCACCUACGCGGCUGCGGGUGUGUCCAUCGACGCUGGAAACGAGCUGGUCAACCGCAUCAAGAGCUCGGUCGGUCGUACUAAGCGCCCAGGUACCGAUGCUGUCAUUGGUGGUUUCGGAGGUCUCUUCUCGUUGGCCGCUGCCAACCCCCAGUACCACCCCCACUCACCAACCCUGAUCGGUGCCAUCGAUGGUGUCGGUACCAAGCUUAAGGUUGCUCACUCCGUGGGUAUCCACGACACCGUUGGUAUUGAUCUGGUUGCUAUGAACGUCAACGAUCUUGUUGUCCAGGGUGCCGAGCCUCUUUUCUUCCUUGACUGCUACUCUUGCGGUCAUCUGGAUGUGCCCACUGCCACCGCAUUUGUUACUGGUGUCGCCGAGGGUUGUGUGCAGGCUGGUUGCGCCCUGAUUGGUGGCGAGACCGCUGAGAUGCCUGGUCUUUUCGUUGAUGACAGCUAUGACGCUGUCGGUGCUGCCGUUGGUGCCAUCAACACCACCGGUGACCAUGCUCGCCAGAUCCUUCCCUACACUGACUCCAUGCGCCCUGGGGAUGUUCUCCUCGCCCUGGCUUCUUCCGGCCCUCACUCCAACGGAUACUCUCUUGUGCGCAAGAUCGUUGAGCGUGCCGGUCUGAGCUACUCUGACCCUGCUCCAUUCACCAUGCCCGGCCAAGAGGGUCAAGUUUCCGUGGGCCGUGCUCUCCUUACCCCUACUCGCAUCUACGUCAAGUCUAUCUUGAACGCCCUUGCCACUCACCCAACUGCUAUCAAGGGUCUUGCCCAUAUCACCGGUGGUGGUCUUGUUGAGAAUGUGCCUCGUAUGCUCCCCGCUACUCUGACUGCUGACAUUGACGUUCGUGCCUGGACUCAGCCGUCUGUUUUCAACUGGCUCCAGCGUGCCGGUAAUGUCUCCGCUGCUGAGAUGGCUCGUGCCUUCAACUGCGGUGUUGGUAUGAUUAUCGCCGUGGACCCAGCUUCUGAGGCUGCUGUCCGUCAAAGCUUCGAGGAGAAGGGCGAGGAGGUCUACAGCAUUGGUAAGCUUCGCGCUCGUGCCGAGGGUGAGGAGGGCUGCGUGCUGAGUGGCCUGGAGUCCUGGGCAUGA